AUGAUCGCGAAGUCCGGAUCAGGCGAAGACCAUGUUGCGAUUCUCCGCAAGCUAUUUGAGCGCCUACGUAAAUACCGAUUACGUCUCAAUCCCGCAAAGUGCGUAUUUGGGGCAAAAUCUAGAAAAUUACUGGGCUUCAUGGUUAGUAGUAGGGGCAUUGAGAUUGAUCCGUCCAAGGUAAAAGCCAUAUGCGAGCUGCGACCCCCGUCUUCCGUGAAGGAAGUUCGCGGUUUGCUAGGGAGAUUGAACUAUGUGGCAAGAUUCAUAUCUCGGUUGUCAGAGACUGCCAAGCCAUUUUUUAAACUUCUCAAGAAAAAUGCGAAGAUUGUGUGGGAUAUCGAAUGUCGGACCGCUUUCUUGAAGAUUCAGCAUUAUCCGACCCAUUCCCCUGUUCUUGUUCCACUUGUUCCUAGCGUGCCUCUAAUCCUUUAUCCGACCAUCUACAAGGAGUCCUUGGGAGCCGUACUGCAAGAUACCCUUCACCAUCAGAUUAUGUUAACCACCGAAUGUGAUCCCAUCAAAUAUCCGCUAGAAAAGCCGGCGUUGGUUGGCAAAUUGGCCAAGUGGCAGAUUCUCAUUUCUGAGUUCGAUGUGCAGACUAUAAUACGUAAGUCGGUGAAAGGUCGAGCUAUAGCAGAUAUGUUAGCAGAGAGCGUUGCGGGAUCACAGAUCGAAGAUGGGAUAGAUCCUCUCGAUGAUCGUGUUUUACCGAUAACUACAGAAAAGUGGAUCAUGUACUUCGACGGAGCCGUUAACUUAUCCGGAUCCGGCACAGGGGCAGUCCUUAUCUCCCCGGAUGGCCAGCACUAUCCAGUAGCCGCCAAGUUAUUAUUUCCGUGCACCAACAACAUCGCUGAAUACGAGGCUUGCAUUCUCGGGCUGCAGGCUGCCGUGGAAAUGGAAAUUCGGAGACCGCAAGUUUAUGGCGACUCUGCCCUCAUUAUCCUUCAAACAGAAGGCAAAUGGAAGACUCGUGACCCGAAGUUGAUCCCAUAUCAUGAGUUUCUGGAAGAUAUAAUCGAAGAGUUCGAUGAGAUAGCAUUCGAGUAUCUUCCCGGAGCCCAGAACCGGUUCGCAGACGCAUUGGCCACCCUAUCCUCAAUGUUCCAAGUGACUGCAGGUUCGGACAUCAAGCCAUUGAGAAUCGAAAUCUUGAAGCAUUCUGCUUACUCCAUGCUAAUAGAAGAAGAGGCGGAUGGAGAGCCAUGGUAUCAAGACAUUAAGGUCUACUUGCAGACUAGAAAAUUUCCCGAGGACAGUGAAGCGGCUGACAGGAAAUAUCCGAUGAAACUAUCUUCAAAGUUUUUCCUCGGCGGCGAUACGUUGUACAAGAGGUUAUAUGACUCCGUUCUCCCGAGGUGCGUUGAUGCCAAGGAAGCCAAUCGCUUGAUGAUUGAAAUCCAUGAGGGUGAAUGUGGUUCCCAUAUGAAUGGCCACCUGUUGAGUAAGAAGAUCAUGAGAUUGGGAUAUUACUGGCUCACUUUGGAAGCCGAUUUGCUACCAGUGGAAACAGAGAUUCCAUCACUCAGGAUUCCGUCACGAUUGAAACUAUCAGAAGCAGAGUGGAUUCAACAGAGAUAUGAACAGUUGAAUAUGAUUGACGAGAAAAGACUGCAGGCUAUCCGUCACGGUCGGUGUUACCAGAAGCGUGUGGCAAAGUCGUUCAACCGUAAAGUUCGUCCCCGGCUUUUCAAGAUUGGUGACUUGGUGCUGAAGAAGAGAUUGGCAUUUAUACCGCACCCCGGAGACAAGUUCACGCCAAACUAUGAAGGGCCAUAUCCGAUCAAGAAAGUCCUCCCUGGUGGCGCGUUGAUUUUAGCCGAGAUGGACGGCCGUGUCCGGUCGAGCCCCGUAAAUGCCGAUAUGGUGAAGAAGUAUUUCCCAUGA